CGCACGUACUUCGAUACGUCGCGUGGCGUCGAUUUGUCAACAGCUGUUCUUGUGUAGGCUAGAGAGCUUUGGUUUUUCAGUCGGGUAGCACAUGUUUCAUUCGUUUUUUCUGCUGUUCAGACCCACCUACUAGUUAAAAGAAAGUAUGGCACAUUUAACAAAGGAUCAUACACAAAGGGAGAGAUGGAUUUGUAUAUAUCCUGCAUAUGUUAACAGUAAGAAAACGGCGGUGCAGGGAAGGAAGAUAGCCAAGGACAAAUGUGUUGAUAACCCAACUACCCAUGAGAUCAGAGAUGUGUGCCUAGCUGCAGGCAUGAUGAUAGGGGUUGAGAAUAAAUUGUACAAUAGGGAACAAAACCGAGAGCCAAGAGGUCGUAUAAGGAUACAGAUGCGUAAUGAAGAUGGUACACCCAGGCUCCCACAGUUUGCCACAAGAAAAUCUAUAAUGUAUUAUAUUGGUGAAUCAAUUCCAAAGUUAAAAACCCGUCAACAGAAGCAUGGUGGAUCCACAGACUCUGGACAAGACAAGAGCAGAAAAAAGUAUAAAAAGAAACGAUAAUUCGUAAUAAACUUUCUUCAAUGAACUCUGACAAUUUACACUAUCAUGUUUGUGACGAUGCUAUAUUCUGCUUUUGACACUGUUUUAUCAAACCAUAAAUGUUUUAAUAUGAGCUGUAGUGUGGCACUUCUAAUGCCGCACACUCAAGAGCAGUAUAUAUUGCAAAUUGUGGUGGUGCUAAACGUAGCCAUAUACUGUACAUCUUUUUGACUACUUGUUGCAACGUUUGAAUUAAUUUUAAAAAGGUAAAGGUAGUCCCAUUAUUCAUUAAUGAACAUAGGGGAGUGAGCUCUCAGGAACUCAUCGUACUAAGCCUCGACAUUGUGUGGUAUGGUGGCCAGUUCCUUUUCAUGCCUCCUUUUAGCUUCCCCAGUGUAUUUCAACCAGGUGCCCAUUUAUAGUCCAGGUUGGAGAGAGACAAACAUCCAAGAAAAAAAGCGAAAUGCAUAGCAAGGGUUCGAAUCCCAACAUUGAGAAACCAAAGAGCACAACUACUGCACCAACUGCCCCCACAUUAUUUAAUCCAUGAGAAAUCAGUUGUUAUGUUCUCAAGUAAAAUAGAAUGAUGAAUGCUAUGUCGCUUAUUCAAGAGUGGGGCUUCUUAAAUUUUAAGAGAGACACUUAUUGGAUCAUUUAUGUUAUGUUUUAUUUAUGGGGGGGGGGGGCAGGCAAUUUUUUAUUAUGCUUACCUUUGAAGAUGGGGUUGGACCAUGUGAUUACAUAGGACUGUCACAUAAUUAGUCAUUAUUUAGCAUCUACCCAGUGUUUAGUUGGAUAAGGAAGAAGUAUAGCUUGGACCAAAAGUUCCUGAAUGUCAUCUCUUUUGAUGUUUACCUUCAAUUCUCAUUUGAGAUCUCCAGUUGUUGUUUCCUGAAACUUAUAGGUUCAUAUGAAAUCUUUUUCCAGUAAGAGUACCUCAAGUCUAGUCACACUCACAGUGAAUGUCAUUUGAGUAUUGAACAAUUGGGAGGAACUUGAAUUCAGUAACAUACAGUAUAUCAAAUUGUUAACUGGAGAUGCAAGAAUGUGUAAAUUUGUAAUUCAUUGAUACAUAUAUGCGUUUGUCUUAAAUGGUAUAUAUUUGUGUUUUGGAAGUUGUUUUUUUUUUUUUUUUACAUAAUGAGCAUACCCUUGAAAAUAUAAAUUUUACCAAAAUCGACAACUUGAUUUCUCAACAGUAUCGGAAUGAAUGUAGAAGAAGAAUCAGCAGUAAACACGGUGAUAUUUGGCAACCAUAGAUAUAUAAUUCAUCUCUGUGACGUACCAUAGUAAAUAAACAUUAACAGCAUUGUCA